CCGCGUUCGGGGAGACACUCAUUCACUUUAGGUUAGGGCUCCUGUUGGAGUAACAGAAGGAAAACGACUGGCUCCGUCGUCAAAACUCGCAAGAAAACAACGUGUGUGCACUCGGAUACGCUUCGGGAAAGCACGACUGGGGUAUUCAAAUCCGAACUGGACAUCACAUAAAGGCCGUAUUGAUUAAUUUGGUCGGACUGAUUGAUCACGGGCUGUGUGUGUUUUCGUGUGGAAAGCCAAACACUCUCAGUCACAGGUUGCUAGCGGAGUUAACGCUAACCUUGCUAACCAAGUUAGCUAGCUGCGGUGAGCCGUGUUUUCCUUUUUACCCGGGACUUCAAACAGCCGGGCUAAACUUAAGAAAAAAACUGUCAUAUAUUUUCCAGAAAGCCUACUGCAUGAUUCAGUCACGAUGUGGUGUUUUUUCGGACGUUUGUCACGUUGGCCGGCUGGUAGCAUCGGCUGACUAAAGCCUGGCGUGAGUCGGUCUCCCUCGACCUGGAUCUUACUCCUGUAUGCGUGCUUGUGUGUAUUUUUUUCCUCCUUUUCCACUGCUGUUUUUGGCUCUUUCUUUUAAAGGUGGACUUUUCCCUCGGGGUGUUGUAACUGCCUCCCCGCCUCUCCUUCCUGUUUAAUGAAAAAAAGCCCUCAUUGAUUUUUCUGUUGGAGUAUUUCAAAACUUGGCUGGAAGCUUCUUUUGGGAGGUAAAAGUUUGCGUGUUUGGGAAGUUGAGGAGGAUUUUUUCCGAGCCUCUGGAAAAAUGGAUGCGGGUAUAGAGAAGGAAUGCAGCGCCUUGGGAGGGCUCUUCCAGCUCAUCAUGAACGACAUGAAGGCCAGUUAUCCGACAUGGGAGGACUUUGUAACCAAAGGAGCCAAGCUACAAUCACAGCUCAGGACCACCAUCGUGGUGACCGGAGCCUUCCUGGAUGCUUUUCAGAAGGUGGCAGACAUGGCGACGGGGACCAGAGGUGCCACCAAGGACAUUGGCUCAGCGCUAACCAGAAUGUGUAUGAGACACCGCAGCAUCGAGUCCAAACUCAAACUGUUCACCACAGCUCUCUCAGAAAGUCUCAUCACUCCGCUGGAGUUAAAGAUGGAGGAGUGGAAAAAAGUGGCCAGUCAGCUGGACAAAGACCAUGCUAAAGAGUACAAGAAGGCCAGAGCAGACAUCAAGAAAAAAUCAUCAGACACGAUCAAGCUGCAGAAGAAGGUGAAGAAAGGGAAGGACGAGGCUCGGGGACAGCUGGACAGCGCGCUGCAGGACGUCAAUGUGCGUUACGCCGUCCUGGAGGAGACGGAGAAGCGGGCCGUGUGCAGAGCGCUGAUAGAGGAGAGAGCGCGCUACUGCAGCUUCGUCAGCAUGCUGAAGCCUGUGCUGGACCAUGAGAUCAACAUGCUGGGUGAGGUGACCCACCUGCAGACCAUUUUGGAAGAUCUAACCAGCCUGACAGCUGAGCCCAAUAAACUCCCACCCGCCAGCGAGCAGGUGAUUUUGGACCUGAAAGGUUCUGAUUUCAACUACACCUACCAGACACCUCCAGCUUCUCCCAGCAGCACUCUGUCCAGGAAGAGCAGCAUCAGCAGCAACUACCAGUCCAGUUCAGUGAGACACGUCCCCUCGUUGGACUCUAUCAGCUGUGCUGUCGAUGGAGUACACAUCCAGGAUGCUGUUGGCUCCACCAAUCAGCUCGCUGCUGGGGGGAGCCUAGGGGCGGAGAACGGCAUGUUGGCCCCGCCGCACAACGCCUACACCCACCACGGAGAGAGAGUUCGAGCCAUGUCGGCGUCUGGGAAGUCCUGCUUGGCCCGCGAUCACCCGGCUUUGACUUUGGGUGCGUUGAAUUCGGACGCCCCGAGGAGCAGCAGGGACUCUCUGCACUGCUCCAGCGGCUACAGCACUCAGACCACCACCCCGUCCUGCUCUGAGGACACCAUACACACACACAUCGACUACGAGUCCAUCUCUCUCCACGGAGACGCUGACUCCAUUUCCUUACAUCACCUCUCCCACGGCAACAGCCAGUCAGACUUCGACAAGUCCUCCACCAUCCCAAGGAACUCUGACCUCAGUGUCCAGUUCAAGAAGUUUUCUCAGUUUAAGCGCCCCUCCUCCACCGUCAGCCUCUUGGUCGAGCCCGAAUUGAUCGGCAGGUCAACGCACCAGCUGCCCCCCCACACGGCAACCAUCAGGCGCAAACCGUCGUCCAAGCCGGCGUAUCGUAGGGGAACGAUUAGCGGUGGGGUGCCCAUCCCCAUCAGCACCCCUCAGGUUCCCCUCAGAGGCCCCGGAGGAAACGGUGGGAGCGAUGAGAAUGUUUUCACAGCGCCCUCUGCUGGAGGAGCAGGAGGUUUAGGUUACAGUAAACUCUGCACCUCCACACAGAGCCUCAGUGCCUUACCUCCCUCCUCCUCCUCCCCGUACUACCAGCUGGUCCCUGGUCAGAUGCCCAUCCCUGUUCCUGUACCCACUGUACCCUCCCUGCCACCAGAGGGCAGCAACACCAAACAGCAACCACAGAGACAGUACCAGCAACAGCAGCAAAUUAACCCUCAGCUAAAUCAUCAUCAGCAGCAACACAGUCAUCUACAGCAGGUGCAAUAUCAACAGCAGCAGCAACUGCAGCAACAGUUCCAACAGCAGCAACAGUUUCGACAACAGCAGCAACUCCAGCAACAGUUUCAACAUCAGCAGCAACAGUUUCAACAUCAGCAGCAACAGUUUCAACAUCAGCAGCAACUCCAGCAACAGUUUCAGCAUCAACAGUCGCUGCUCCAGCAACCCCAGCAACUGCUAAACCAACAGGAUCAGUAUCAGCAGCCCCUGACCCAGCAGCAGAAACAGCAGCUGUUCCAGCAGCAGCAGCAGCAGCAGCAGCAGCAGCAGCAGCUCCAGGUCGCUGCUCCCCAGGCCGAGCCCUCCAUUGUGGGCCACAGUGCUCACUGUCAGCCCCAGGCUCCUCCACCCUCCAGCCAGCACCACAACCCGGAGCAGCUGACGCAGGGGGAGGGAGGAGACAUGCUGAACCAGAUCAGGAGAGUAAAGCUCAAAAGGACCAUCACCGACGAUCGCUCCGCCCCUCUCCUGCCCACCCCAGCCAAUCACAAAUGAGGCUGAACAACUGAUGGUUAACUCUUUAGCUUAAUGGGUUGAGGGCCCAAAAGCACAGACUGCACAGAGCGGAAUCACACAACACGUGGACUUCCUGUUAAAUGCAGGCCGUGGACUUUCAUCGCUUGGCGUGUGUCUUAUUUUAUUUUCUAGACUUCUGCUUCCUUUUAGGAUGUUUAGAGUUCUGUUUGUUUUGAGAUUUUUUUUUUGUUGUGAUUUCAUGUUGUUGCAGCGACCAUCUUUUGCUUUUUUUCAUGUUUGCAUUUCUGUUGUGCAUAAAGCGUUUGUCCGACCCGGUCCUACCCGUAGAACUGUUGAUUGUUUUAGUUUAGUACUCACUUCCUGGCCAGAUGAUCGUUAUGUGGUUUGUUAAUUAGCCACACAGGAAGCUUUUAGUGUCUCAGAUCCUCUUCGGUCCUGGUUUGGGUUUAGUAUUUAGUCCAGUUGCUCCAUGGCAUCACAUGGUUGAGCCAUGGCAUGUGUGGAGGUUUUUAAUUCGCUGGCUGUGGGUCAGCGUUGGUCCAAUGCGUCCGAGCAGUGAGGUCUGAGGUCAUCUCAGAGAGUCGAACGCCGAACCUGACGCUCACGACUGUGCAAAGAGACCAGGACGCGGUCUGUAGACUGUAAAUAUGUCUGAGCAAGCAAAGUUUUGGGAGCACCUGCGGAGGUUGGAUGUUUUGCCUAAUGGCACGUUGUUAAAAGUCACUCACCUUCUUUGACCCUUAGACAGAACAGAACACGGUCACGGUCUGGUUUACUGUGUAUAUAACUAGAUAUGAGGAAUGAUAACUACAAGACAUUUAGAGGCGUCGCUUUUGUGUUAAGACAAUCUGACACAAUCUGAAACAAACAUGGCUGACAUUAUCGCUGAGAACAUAGCGGGCUGUGAAAAACAAAACUGUUGGAAAGAUGUGUUAGUCACGCUGCUGGUGACUCGCGGGUCUGUGAUGGCGUGAAGAUGGUUAUCAGGAGUCACACGGGACGUGCUGCCAUGUUGGAAGACCUUAACUGAACCCCCUGCUCGUCCUUCGUCACUCCUCCGACAUGGUGGCGUGUCCAUCUUCACUAAAACUUCAAACCUCAGCUUCCAGGUCUUUGGCUUUACCCCUCAGAGACAGAGUGUGUGUUUAAUAAAGACGUUGCUGGAAUCUGACUUAGUUUGAGUGUUUAAAUUCAGCUGCAGUCACUGUACAAUCACACAAAACCCGUUCAGUCGGCUUUUCUUCUUACAGCCAAUCAGAGUGCAGGACUGUGAGGACUUUGUGUUCAACUUUAACUUUAAAUUAAACUAUUUUAUCUGCAGAGUUUGGUUGGGUUCCAGUAGCUGGUUCUAUUUUGGAUCCUCCUCCAAGUUGGUAAAAUAUUAUCAUCUGUUAAUUCUCACGAAUCUGUUGUGUGACAUUAUAUCUCCUCGCUGUGCUCUGCUUUUUCUUGUGGCUGAGAUCUUCAGUAAGCUGACAACGCAAGUCACUGCUCACAUGUCAGAUAUUCAGCCAGAGAACCAGCGAAACUGCCACAUAAAUGGCUUCAGAUACGUUUGCCUCUAAAAGCUGCCUUUCCGUACGGCGAUGCAGGGCCGUAGCCGCCACCGAGGUCUGACAGCAUGUCCUGAGUUAAUGUUUCGGGGAAUCAAAUGACAAAAGGAGGGGUUUGCCAGAGCUGCAGGUAAAUGAUUGUUUUCCAUUUAAUCCAUUAGGCAUUUUGUUCGAGAAAAUGUCAGACAGCCGGAACAAUUAAAAAAACAAACAAACUACCAAACCUACAACUUCCCAGAUCCUAAGACUUAUGUCUUGUUUUGUCCGAUGAACUGUCCCAGACCCAAACGUACCGAUACUUUAAGAUAAGAUUGUAAGAUAUUUUUCAAGCAAAAAUAUGAAACAUUUUCUAUCUUAAAUGUGAGGAUUUGUUGCUAUUGUUUGUCAUUUAUGGCGGUGAACAAAGUCUUUGGGUUUUGGGCUGUUGUUUGGACAACAGAAGCAGUUUGAAGCUGUCUGUUUGGGCUCUGGGAAACUGCUAUGGUCGUAUUUUUCAUUUCUUUUUCACAUUUUAUAGGUUAAACGAUGUUACAAUGAUACAUGUUUAAUAUUUCUGCUUACAAAAUGUCUUAAAUGAAUAUGGAAAUUGUCACAGAUUAAUUUCCUGUUCACUGAAUAAUUGUUUCAGCUCUACAUCUGAAGGUUUUUCUGGCUGUUUCUGAUAUAUUUUUGGACCAAAAUAUCUUAAUGGGACUUUAAAGUAAUUUGGUAUUUUCCACCAGAGUUACAUGCCUGCAGGGGCAGACAAGGCUGUAAUGUAGGACAACUACUUCAAAAAUACAGAAUUUAAGCAGCGUUUGGUUGGUGGAUCAUGAAACGUUUCCUGGCUCAGGAGCUCAGUGUUUCUCCCAUAGUGGCUACAGCCCUGCUGGGGAUGCUGCCUGCCAGAGUCGAGCUGCAUGCUGGGAAAUGCAGUCCAGUCUCUGGUCAGCAGGUCCUGGUCUGCUCUCAAGAGAAACCUUUCUGUGAUUUAAAGUGCUUAUGUUGUUGAUGGGACAGAAAAGCUGCCUUCUGAACACUCUGAGAGCUUAUGUUAUGCAUUUGAUGAUUGAUUGAUUGAUUGGACCCAGUAAGCCCUACAGCAGUUCUGUGUGUAUAUAUUAGUGCUUCUAUUCCUGCCAGAGAUCUAAAUCUAUAUAAACAAAUGUACGUAUACAUAUCCUGAUUGUAUUUUUGUUGAUUUAUUGAGCAGACGAUGUGAUCCGAUCUGAUGCGGCCGUCAGUCGUCACUCGUCGUAUUUUUGUAGAAAAGCUUUAAAGGCCUGAGACCCAGUGAACUUCCUGAUGUUUGAGGAUCUGAAACCUGAUUGGAUGGCUGACUGUCAAGAAGGACUAAACAGACACGUGGACGACUUGAACCAACAGAAUGUAGAAAAUUUUUGUUUUUCAUCUUUUGAUGUUCGCUGUGGGAUCAAUAAUAAUAAUAAUAAUAAUGAUAAUAAUAAUAAUGAUAAUUGAUUU